AAAUCUCAUUCUCUCUCCCACACACACAAACACAAAAACAAAAAGUUAAAAAACAAAACAAAACACACAACACAGAAAAAAAUAUAAAGUUGAUAGCUUUACUGUAUAAUUAAUCAAAAACAGUUCGUUGUUCUUAAAAAAAAAAAAAGUUUAGAUUUUUCUCUGUUUCGUUCUUCUCUCUCUGCCUUCGUAGUAGUGGAAACAAUGGAGGUUGGUUCAACUAAAGAUCCGAAAUUUUAAAACGGGUCAAGAAAAAAACCAAAAAAACCCGGGAUGGACAACACGGCACGACUUGUGGGUGACUACGAACUUGGACCGAGACUCGGGUCUGGUUCCUUCGCCGUGGUGUGGCUUGCGACGCAUCGAUCGUCUGGUUUGAAAGUGGCCAUCAAGGAGAUUGAUAAGAAGAAGCUUAGCCCUAAAGUCAGAGACAAUCUCCUCAAGGAGAUUUCGAUCCUCAGCACUAUUGAUCAUCCCAACAUCAUCAGAUUCUACGAAGCUAUUGAGACUGGAGAUAGGAUCUUUCUUGUGUUGGAGUAUUGUAGUGGAGGUGAUCUUGCUGAGUACAUCAAUGUCCAUGGCAAAGUCUCCCAACCUGUUGCUAAGCAUUUUAUGAGGCAAUUGGCUUUAGGUUUGCAAGUACUUCAAGAGAAGCAUUGUAUCCACCGAGACUUAAAGCCUCAGAAUUUACUUUUGUCUUCCAAGGAAGCAACUCCAUUGCUAAAGAUAGGAGAUUUUGGGUUUGCAAGGUCUUUAACACCAGAGAGCAUGGCGGAAACAUUUUGCGGUUCUCCAUUGUAUAUGGCUCCAGAGAUUAUCCGGAACCAAAAGUAUGAUGCUAAGGCUGACUUAUGGAGUGCUGGUGCGAUUUUGUUUCAACUUGUUACUGGGAAGCCACCUUUUGAUGGCACUAAUCACAUCCAGCUUUUUCAAAAUAUUGUGAGAGACACUGAGCUGAAGUUUCCUGAAGAUGCUUCGAAUGAAAUUCAUCCUGAUUGUGUUGAUCUUUGCAGACGUCUUCUACGCCGAGACCCAAUUGAGCGCUUGACGUUCCGAGAGUUCUUCAGCCACAGGUUCCUCCAGGAGCCAAGACAAAUGCCUGGUGUUACACAUUCUGGUCCGAACCGAUCCAAAGCAAGUGCAGAGAAUGUCUAUAAACAUGGGAGUUCCUCUAGUGCCUCAACUUCUAACGUUUUGGUGCAACAUGAUGUCUCUUGUGAGAAGACUAGGAAAGACAGUGAGGGACAAUGCUCAUCAAACCAACUUGGAGUAGUUGACUCGCUGGAGCUCAUAGAGAGGGAGUAUGUACUUGUAAACCGUCCUUCUGAAGGUUCAUCAGAAUGUUUCGACACAUCACUUCAAGAUUCAGUUGAAGCACAGAGACCAUUGUCUGAUGUGUCAGGACCCCCACCAGCAAGUGGAUCAUCAUACCUGUUAACAGAAGUCCAGCGGUUAACGAUCGUUCAUCCUCCAACGAAGCUCCAAGUCUUGCAGCAGUAUGCAGAAGCACUUACGGAAGUAGCUCGUGAGAUGGACAAUGCAGGACAGGUGAAGGAAUCUUUUGCUGUCACACUCGUCGUUUUAGCUGCAUGGAGGAAAGCUUUAGAGAUAUGCGAUUCUUGGAUGGUGUCCGUUGGAGAGGAUAAAGUGAACACAACAGCUCCAGGGACUUCAAAUUCACCAGCAGUAGCUAAAACUUGGGUGACACAAGAGUUUGUUACUGCGUUUAACCAGGCUGAGACUUCUUCAACUCGACUAAACCAAACAAGCGCUGCUAGUGCUACUCAUAUGCCUGACGCCAUGGAAACAAUAUACGAGAAGGCACUAGCAUACGGCAAGAGUGGUGGGGCGGAAGAAUAUUUGAAUAACAAGGAAAGUGCAGCAAGAUUAUACAAGAAAGCAAUUCUUCUACUCUCCUUUAUAAUAGAGGAAGCAGCGACUCUACCUCUAAACCCUCCUUUCUCAUUAACCCCUGACGACAAGAAGAGGAUUCUCUACUACAUCUCUAACUUGCAGCAUCGUCGGUCUCAUCUUUAGUGAAAAAUCGACUGCUACAUUGUACAGAAAGAAACUUUCUAAGCUUGGCUCUGCCUUGAAGUCAAGUUUAUAACAUUUGGUGUUUUCUUAUCUCUUUAAACUUCAAAACGGUUACUCUACUAUUUGAUGAUAUGCGGUGACCAAAAGUAUUUGCCUCCACCCAUUGUAUAGUAUAACAUCAAAAGCUUUAAAUACCAAAAAAAUGCUAGCUUUGUCGAUUA